AAAGGUUUUAAAUAAUAACAGCAACAAUAUUAAGCUUACCUCUGAAUCUAACAAUACUGAAAUUAAUUUUUUGGAUGUAACCAUAUACCGACAAGGAACUAAGUUGGCCACCAAAGUAUUUUUCAAGCCAACUGAUAGAAACAGUUAUCUCCCUACCAACAGCGGCCACCAUCCUUUAUGGAUCAAAAAUAUACCUAAAGGACAAAUUAUGAGGGUAAAAAGGAACUGUACGGAAGAAGAAAACUUCAUUACACAGUCCAGAAUCUUAACUGAAAGGUUUGAAGCCAGAGGUUAUCACCCAGAUACCAUGCACAAAUUGGUAGAAGAAAUACGCACUAUCCCAAGAGAAACAUGUCUACUAACCAAACAGCUUGGCAAUGUACCAAUUACUAACACAAAGGAGUGGGGUUUUUUGUCUCAAUUCCACUCACAAUAUAAAGAAGUUGAAGAAAUCUUUAAUCAACAUUGGCAUAUAUUAUUAUUAGACAAGAAAUUAGGACCUCUUCUACCUCCCAAACCUCAGUUUAUUUAUAAAAAAGCCCCCAAUCACGGUGACCGAGUGGUUAAAAAGGUACUGGAUCCACCCAUCAAACCAGAAACUUUUUGGAAUCAAAAUGGAUUCUUUGCAUGUAGAAAAUGCAAACCAUGCAGAGAAGUAACACAAACCAUGAGAGGUCUGGAAAAAUUCAGUUGUCCAACCAACAACACUGAAUUUGAUAUAGAACAGUUUAUGACAUGUAACACUGACCAUGUAGUAUACGCACUCAAAUGCCCGUGCGGCCUACUCUAUAUAGGGAGGACCAAGAGAAAAAUGAGAAUACGGGUGAUGGAGCACAUUAACAACAUAAAGAUAGGAUAUAAAGACCAUAAUGUGUCCCUGCAUUUUAAACUGAAGCAUAAUCAAGAUCCAUCCGGACUACAAUUCUGGGGAGUCCAACAUGUAAUGCAGAAUUGGAGAGGAAGCCAUAGAGUUCGCGAACUAUCAAAAUGCGAAACGAAAUGGAUCUACUUGACUGAAUCUCUUGCACCUAAAGGCAUGAAUAUUGAACUAGAUAUCAACUGCUUCAUAAGCGAUACUUAAAGUUGAGAUUUAAAUAUAAAAUAUAAUCUGGUCUCCUACAUCACAUUUUUUGAUACUGAGCACAUUGGCUCAUUGAAUAGUCACUCAUGCCUCUUUUGGGUUAAACAUAACAUACACAUACUUCUAUGAGAUUACUCAUCUCUCAGACUAAAGAUCCUCUAGUCUCAGUGGUGUUAUGUAUUAUUACGAUUUUUUCAUUAUUAUUGCUAUUGGUUCUUAUAUUUGAAGAAUGCCCUCCCCCUUUUUAGAUAUGCUUUCUAAUUUCUAAUAAAUAAUGUAACAUAUAUUCUAUAUCUAUACGGCUCUUAUAGAUAUUUUUAAUA